AUGGAGAUUGCAACGAGUGAGAUGAGUUCCCUCCUCCUCAAGCUGGCUGAGCUGCUAACUGAUGAAUACAAGUUGCAGACAAGCCGAAGGGGUGAGAUCAUGUUUCUGAAAGCCGAGUUCGAGAGCAUGGAAGCUGUCCUCGAGAGGGUGUCGAAGGCUCCUAUAACUGAAAACCAGGUUAAUAUAUGGACAAAUGAGGUGAGGGAGCUGUCCUACGACAUCGAGGAUAGUAUGGAUAAAUUCAUGGUGUGCAUUGACACCCAUCCAUCAGCCACACGACAGGGAUUCAAAGAGUUCGUUAGUAGGAGCAUGAGAUUGUUGACAGCUGCAAGGACUUAG